AUGCCGGGCCGUCUCCUUCCCAGCUUUGUUCGUCCCUCCGUCUCCAUCCACUCCACCUCUUCCUCCUCUUCCGUCAACGAGGUCGCCAGUAACCCUGCCUCUCGGAAACCUUCUGCGGACAUGCCUCUGUCCCGUACGCAGUCUCCCGAGCGCCGUUUGCCUGCCGCUGUCGAGGCUUGGAUUCACCCCCACAAGGACCAUGGCAAGGACAAGCGCCGUAGUCUGGGCCGCUCCUCGCGCUCAAAGGAGCGUUCGUCCAAGGACGAAAUGCCUGCCGCUUCGGCCAAGUUGGACGUCAUAGUCGAGUCCCCUCCCUUGGUCUGCUAUGGAAACGCCGCAAACUCCUCUGGCGCUCUGUUCUCCAGCCGUCUGCGCGUGUCGGUCACCCAGUCGGCGGGCGAGAUCGCUCUGGAUACGUUCCGCAUGCGUCUGGUCUCCAAGAUGACCACCAAGAAGCCUGUCUCGAGGGACUGUCCGAACUGCACCACCCGCACCGAAGAAUUGACCAGCUGGAACUUCCUGACGGAACGCCUGUACCUAAAAUCCGGUGAACACGAUUUCCCUUUCAGUUAUCUGUUCCCAGGAACUCUGCCUGCCUCCUGCAAUGGCCCGCUGGGUCAGAUUGAAUAUCUUCUGUCGGCUCAGGCGCAGAGCGCCACCGGCGAGUCGUUCACUUUCAAGAUGCCUAUUGAAGUCCGACGCGCCAUUCUCCCAGGUAACGAUAAGUCCUCCAUUCGAAUCUUCCCGCCAACCAACCUCACCGGCCGCGUUGUGCUUCCUUCCGUCGUUCACCCCAUCGGAACGUUCCCCGUGCAGAUGUCGUUGAGCGGUGUCGUGGACAAGGGUGAAGAGACCCAGACCAGGUGGCGCUUGCGGAAGAUGAUGUGGCGCAUUGAGGAACACCAGAAGAUCGUGUCCACCCCCUGUGCCAAACAUGCACACAAAAUCGGCGAAGGGAAGGGCGUUCUGCACCAGGAGACCCGUGUCAUCGGUCACAACGAAGAAAAGAGUGGCUGGAAAACCGAUUUCGACACCGCCGGAGGUGAGAUCAACAUGGAAUUUGACGCGAGCAUCAAUCCCACCUGCAACCCGGUCUGUGAUUUGGAAACUCCCGGCGGACUCGAGGUAAAGCACAACCUGGUUAUCGAACUGGUCGUUGCGGAGGAAUUCUGCCCCAACAAAAACACACGUCUUAUCACCCCCACCGGAGCUGCGCGCGUGUUGCGCAUGCAGUUCAAUCUGCUGGUGACCGAGAGGAGCGGGCUUGGAAUCAGCUGGGAUGAAGAGAUGCCUCCCAUGUAUGAGGACGUGCCCGCCAGUCCGCCCGGGUACACCGUGCUGGAUGGUUCGAGCGUCAUAGAAGACUACCACGGAUCUCCUCUUCCGUCCCUUGAGACGGACGAGUUGGAUAGGAUGGAGUCAUUGAGACUUGACAGUGACUCUGUCCACUCGUCUCUUCACUCGUCCCGCGGACGAUCUCGGUUCACCGUCGAAGAUCUGACUGCCGGCCCAUCAUCAGAACCCCAACGGUCUCUUCGAGCCGAGUCUCCUGAUUCUCGAACGUCAGCCUAA